GCCAUCGCGUGCUUGAUGGACAUGAACGCGCUGCUGGACCGCUUCCACAACUACAUCCUCCCGCACCUGCGGGGCGAGGACCGCGUCUGCCACUGCAACUGUGGCCGGCACCACAUCCACUACGUGAUCCCAUACGACGGGGACCAGUCCGUGGUGGACGCCUCCGAGAACUACUUUGUGACGGACAAUGUGACCAAGCAGGAGAUUGACCUCAUGCUGGGGCUGCUGCUGGGCUUCUGCAUCAGCUGGUUCCUGGUGUGGAUGGACGGCGUCCUACACUGUGCCGUGCGUGCCUGGAGGGCCGGCCGGCGCUAUGAUGGCUCAUGGGCCUGGCUGCCCAAGCUGUGCAGCCUGCGGGAGCUGGGCCGGCGGCCGCACAGGCCCUUCGAGGAGCCCGCGGGGAACAUGGUGCAUGUGAAGCAGAAACUCUACCACAACGGCCACCCCAGCCCGCGGCACCUGUGAGCCGUGCCCAGGACUCUCAGGCCACUAUGUGGAGGACAAGGGACCUCGUGGAUGCCCAGCGGGCAGGACAGGACUGCGGCCUUGGGCCCAGGGUGUCCUGGGCUGGGGCUGGCUGGGCUGGGGCUGCCGGGCAUGUCCAGCAGAAGGUGCUGUCUCCUCUUCUUUUUAUAAAGGGGGUCGGGUGGGGGCUGGGGUGGGGAUGCUGCCGGCCUUGGGACAGGAGCCUGGCUUCCCCGCCCUGGAGGUGCUGGGGGCCACCUGCUGGGCCCAGGGGGGACAGGCCAGGGUGGGGCUGCGCCUGCCUGAGGCCACAUCUGAUUGAAGACUGCUGUCUGUUUCCUGUGAACUGUUGUCUGUCCGUGUGUCCCUCGUCUGUCCCUCAGGGUCCAGAGGGGGGAGGCGUGGGCCGCCGUCUGCACACGGGAGCAUGUGCAUGGGGCGUGUGCGGCUGGGGGCGCGGAGGGGGGGCCCCAGCGGCAGCGUCCUGGCACCUCGCUGUGAAGCCCACCCUACCGGCCAGUAAAUUCUCCAGAAAGCUC